CUCCUUUCUCUCUCUCUCUAUCCCUAAUUCCAUUUCUCUUCUUCAGAUCUCUCUCUCUCAAACUGAGUGAGAGGUUGCAGAAACGCAAAAUCAAAUCCCCAAACAGGUGAAAAGAGAAUCGUCAGCGACGGGAGGGAAAGAAAACAAAGUGGCAUUUGGAAAAGCAGAUGUCUCAUGUGAGAUGAAGAAGAAGAAGUCUCACUGUUUUGCUCUUGCGGUCGUCCUCAUUGCUGUUUUUUGCGGUGUUUGUUCCGGUGAGGAGGUGUCCUUCUCCGGCCAUGACUCUCUCACUGACCAGGAAGUGCUUUACAUCAAGCAGCGGCAGCUUCUGUACUACAGGGACGAGUUUGGCGACAGAGGAGAGUACGUCACCGUCGAUCCUUCACUUGUGUUUGAGAACCAGAGAAUUAGACAAGCUUACAUAGCUCUUCAAGCUUGGAAGCAAGCGAUUCUCUCCGAUCCUAACAAUUUUACUGUCAACUGGGUUGGAUCUGAUGUGUGUAACUACACUGGUGUUUUCUGUACUCGGGCACUUGAUGACCCUAAGAUCCGGACCGUCGCCGGCAUUGAUCUCAACCACGCAGACAUCGCCGGGUACUUACCGGAGGAGCUCGGGUUGUUGACUGAUCUUGCAUUGUUCCACAUCAACACCAAUCGGUUUUGUGGUACUGUUCCUCAUAACUUCAAGGACUUGAAGCUACUGUUCGAGCUGGAUAUUAGUAACAAUCGGUUUGCUGGUAAGUUUCCGGCGGUGGUUCUGCAGCUGCCGACUCUUAAGUUCUUGGAUCUGAGGUUUAAUGAAUUUGAAGGAUCUGUGCCGAAAGAGCUUUUCGAUAAGCCUCUGGACGCGGUGUUCAUUAAUGACAAUCGGUUCAAGUUCGAGCUGCCAGACAAUUUCGGCAAUUCGCCGGUGUCGGUAAUCGUCCUUGCCAACAACAAGUUUCAUGGAUGUCUCCCGCCUAGUCUCGUUAACAUGCCCAAUCUCAAUGAGAUAAUUUUCUUGAACAAUGGGUUGAGAUCUUGCUUGCCGAAGGAGAUUGGCAGGCUCAAGAACGUGACUGUUUUCGAUGUCGGCUUCAACGAGUUAAUGGGAACAUUGCCGGACACAAUUGGAGGAAUGUUGAGUCUUGAGCAGCUUAAUGUGGCACACAAUAUGCUCUCCGGCCAAAUUCCGGCGAGCAUUUGUAAGUUGCCUAAGCUGGAGAACUUUACCAUCUCUUACAACUACUUUACUGGAGAGCCACCAAUUUGCUUGAAGUUGCCGGCAUUCAACGACAAAAGAAACUGCUUGCCCGCCAGGCCUUUCCAGAGAAGCGCGGCGCAAUGUAAGUCUUUCUUGUCUAGGCAUGUGGACUGCAACUCAUUUAGAUGUGUUCCUUUUGUUCCAAGCAUACCUACUCCCCCACCACCUUCUCCGCCAAUGCCGAGCUACUCACCUCCGCCACCACCUCCACCAUCACCUCCACCACCGCCACCACCAGUCUACUCACCACCUCCUCCUCCCCCAUCACCUUCUCCACCACCACCACCAGUUUACUUCCCUCCACCACCACCACCUUCCCCACCUCCUCCACCCUCACCGCCGCCGCCCUAUCCUUCACCGCCUCCACCAUCGCCUCCACCGCCCUCGCCUACAUACUGUGUGCGUUCCCCACCUCCUCCGCCACCAAAUUCACCACCACCUCCACCUCCUUUGUUCUCUCCACCUCCACCAGUGCCGUAUUACUAUACCUCCCCACCACCGCCACAACAUUCACCACCUCCACCACCUCACUCACCACCACCGCCUCCCCAUUCACCACCUCCGCCAAUUUAUCCAUACUUAUCACCACCGCCCCCACCAACUCCUGUUUAUUCUCCCCCUCCUCCUGUCCAUUCACCACCACCACCAUCACCACCUCCAUGCAUAGAGCCACCUCCUCCACCACCCCCAUGUGUUGAGCACUCUCCUCCGCCACCAUCACCGCCCCCACCGACCCUUUACCUUCCCCCACCAUCACCAUCACCUCCACCACCCCCUCUUUAUAAAUCGCCGCCGCCACCACCCCCGCAGUAUUACCAUUCACCCCCACCACCAGUAGUCCACCAUUACCCACCGCCUCCAUUACCGUCACCUCCACCGCCAAUUCCAUGUGAAAACCCACCACCACCCAUUGUUUACCAAAGUCCAACUCCUCCGGCUCCAGUAUACGAGGGUCCAUUGCCACCAGUAGUUGGAGUUUCAUAUGCUUCUCCUCCUCCACCACCGUUCUAUUGAUUCUUUUGAGACUUUUGCUCCUCUAACCCUCAUCACAAGCCAAAAAAAAAAAAAAAAGAACUCUUCUUACAGUUGCAUUAGUUAGUGCGGCCUCUUUUUUCCUCUCCUUGCAUUUCAAUUCAAGAACCCUUCUUUCUCAUUGGGCAAUUCUCGUCGCUCGUGGAAGAGACAAUUCAAGCCUCUGCAGUUGUAGAAUUUGAUUAUCCAUGUGAUUGAUUCUUGUCAAAUUGAACACCAAAGAAGAGGUGAAAAAUAGAGAGAUUGAGAGUGAGAGGGUAAGAGGAGGAAGUCUCUCCAUAUUUAUUUGAAUUUUAUGGAUAUUUGAGUUGUUAAAUAAAAAUGGCAGAGAAAGUGUAGGUUGCAGAGAAAGUUGUAUGUAUAGAGAUGAAUGGAGACCAUAAUCAUCCAGUCUUACACAGGCAGCAGCACUCCCUAGCUGCCAGUUUGUGUGGAUUUUUAUUGUUAUUAUCUCUUCUUUCAUAUCAUACUUUUUUUUUUCUUUUGGGUUUCUCUUGUUUUCCAUUUUAUCGUAUAAUUGAUGAACAUUUUUCUUGUAUUGGUUUCCUGAAUUCCGAUCAUUUCCUUUCUUUCCCAGUUUUCUGGUUCUGUUUCUCUGUUGCAAGAUUGAAUCAUGUCAU